AUGAGAUGUAAACGAGUACGAGACCUGUUGGCCCUGCCGCUCGUGUCAGUCACACAGCGCCCUGGUGUUACUGUGACUGUUAAGCUGCCUUAUACCUUCAAGGAUAGUGCGGACCAGGCUGAAACGAUUAAGAAAGCAGUAUCUCGCUAUGAGAAACAAAGUAAUGUAUUUAAAAACCUGAGUACUAGCAAAAACAAUGCAAAUGAGGCCAGCUACAAGCUAGCUCUGUGUAUUGCUAAGCAUGGUAAGCCUUUCACUGAUGGAGAUUUUAUAAAAGCAGCUUUCCUAGAGUGCUCUGAGGUGUUAUUUGAUGGCAUGUCAAACAAACACAUGGUCAUCUCAAGGAUAAAAGACAUGUCUGUCUCAGCUACAACCGUGGAGAGACGUAUUUCUGAAAUGGCUGCUAAUGUAAGUGAGCAACAACCUGCUGCUUUAACAAAUGCAACUGUAUUUAGUGUUGCUCUGGAUAAAAGUGUGGAUAUAAAUGACAUUCCCCGGUUGGCUGUUUUUGUUUAUAGUGACACAGAGAUACACGAGGAGCUCUGUUGUCUGACACUUAUGCAUGCCACUACCAAGGGAGAAGACAUACUGAAGACUUUCACUGAUCAUUUUGAGGACAGAGGGAUUGACAUAAGAAAGAUUUUUGCAUUUACAUCGGAUGGUUCCCCUGUUAUGGUAGGAAAAAACAAGGGGUUUACUAAGAUGAUUGGGGAUAGAAUUGGGCACCCCGUUGUACUGUAUAUUUCAUCAAGAAAAUUUAUGUGCCGAGAUCCCGAGCAGCGAUCUCAACAAGAGUUUCAAGCUUUCCUUGAAGAGGUGGAUAGUACUUACAAAGAGAUACCCUUACACAGCAGUGUUAGAUGGCUAAGCUAUUGGAAGAUAUUGGAGAGAUUUGUGGAAUGCUUUGAUGAAAUCAAGAUUUCCCUAUCAGAAAAAAACUAUCCUGAGCUGGAGGACAGAGAUUGA